UUAAGGACACCCCCAAAUCCCCUCUUCUCUGCUUCCAGCAGGGUCCUGACCAUAGCACGUUCUGAGUCCCCAGUGCCCUCCCUGGUGCCAGGGCUGGUCCCUGUGGGUGUCCGCAGCCUCUAGAGCUGCCCUGGCUUGCUUGCCAAGGGUCUUUCUGCUCCUGCCCGUGCUGGAGGCAAUGCCUCUUGCAGGUACGAAUGCGAAUGCGACUGGUCAUGUUCCUGGUGUCAUGUGCUGUCCGUGGCGGGUGGCAGAGCCAGUUUUUCUGCUCUGAAAGUGGGACUGGGGAGGAGACCGCAACACUCAAAUACCCAGAUCCAGCUGCCAGCCAGGCAUCGAGGAGGCCACUUGCCUUUUUUCAGCUGCAGUUGCUCCUUCAGGCUCUCUCUGUGCCAUAGGUGUGACGGUGUCGUGCCCCAGAGCAAUUUGGCUUCGGUGAAAUGUCGACAAUCCUGAAAUGGUUUGGACGGGAAGAUAAGGAGAGAGAGGAGAAGGAAAAGGACAAGGAAGAAGAGAAGGAAGAAGAGGAGAAGGAAAAGACUGAGGUAGAAAAAGAGAAGGAAAAGGAGGAGGAAGAGGAAAAGGGAGACGGAGAAGAGGACGGGAGGAGCAGCAGCAGCUCUGACAGCGCCUUGCAGGAGGACCACGGCAGUGACAAGGAUGAUGAGAAGGAAGACAAAGAUUAGCCCUUCCGUGCUGGACCAGCAGCACGCACUCGGGACACGCUGAGGAGGUGGGGAUGCAAACGGCAGCACGUGCCGGAGGGGGCCUGGGCCACUUUUAGCCAAAUAAAGGUGUUUGUGGGCUCCAAAGAGAAAUGCUAUUUAUUCAUCCA